CGUUAACCUGUCGUAAAACGCUGUGAUCACGACAGUUGGAUGGCUUUACGGUCACCACCGGCAGCGUCUUGAGAUACGCAACUGUCCUUGUAAAAGAUGCAUCAUCGACCAUGUGUGUGUGUUUUCCUCUAAAGGAAGGCGUAACGUACUGAAAGCUGCUGCCCCAGGCUCAAACGUCCACAUUAAAGCCACGCCAUGGCGUCUCGUUUGCUCAAGUUCUCGGUCCUUCUUCAGAAGUACCGGGCUCCGCUGCUCGUCGCGAGCUGCGGAGGCGUCUUCGCGGCCAACAUGUUCUACCACGUUUUCCCCGACUCGUCCUACCGCCAGCUGUACCAGGCCUGGCAUAAAGGAGAGCCAGUGGUGCUGUCGGAAAAGCUGGAGAGUCUCUUUCAGCAGGUGCUUAAGGACUUUGGCGUCUCCUCAGACAAGAAAUUCUCCGCCUUCGCCUCCUUCGGGUUCCACCCGGUCGGCGCGGGGGUCCCGUGGCUUCCCGCCGGGGCCCAGAUCGGCCUCCCGGCCAACUUCAACAGCACCACAGACGACCCGCACGGAAUAACCAACCGCAGCAUCUUCAUCAACGGCAAAACGGUGGACUGGAGCAGCGAGGCCGGCCGCGCUCUGAAGGAGGCGCUGGUGUUCUCCCUGGAGGCGCAGAAGUUCGCCGUCGCUCGGGAGGUGGCCCGCUUACAGUCCGGCGGGCCCCUCAUGACGGCCGCCGUGGCUCCGUUCUGCCUGGGCGGGGUGUGGGUGUACAGCGUGGUGCUGAAGCAGGUGUUCGGGCUGCACGGCGGGCCCGCGCUGAUGCGUGGGGCGGUGAACGUUCUGGCGCUGGGCAUCGGCGCCGUCUCUUAUUUCCUCACCUCCGAUGCCCUCAGCCAGUGGGUCGACUACAGCGCAGACCGGCGCGCCGCCGGAGUGUCUCGGGAGUACGCCAGAGGAGGCGUGGAGUUUUACGAUAAAAUCCUGUCCAGGAACAAGACGCUGCGCUCCCUGAUGGGACAGAAGGGAGAGGAGAUGUACGCCCCCAGCGGGAACCUGUUUCCCGCUCACGUCCUCCAGCUGAAGCACACGCCGUACACCUCCAGACGAGAAGGCAUCAUCGCCCUGCUGAAAGAAGAGAAAGCAUGAAAAGAGCUUUUACUCAAGACAGAAAUGUCUAAUAUUUAACUACAAAACUGUGACCAGAAGGCAGAAGGCUCUAAUAGAAAAAUGUCAUCGUCUGUCUGCAUUAUGUUUUAUUGUUUGUGUCAUUAAAGGAGCUAUAAGUAA